AUGGAGCAACUACCGUCAACAGAGGAACUUAAGACUCUAGCUCUCGAGUACCUCUCAAAGGCUGAGACCUCCCUUUGGAAUGUUCUUCCCCCUGUCGUGCAAGAAUCUCCCGUAUUUCUCGAUAUAAGCCGAGCCCUUAAUGUUCGCGUCGAGACGGCUCUGUUGCUGUCCACGAUCGGCGUCCUUCUGGCCUCUCUUAUAUUCCUCAUAGCUGUGCGGUUAGCCUUCUCGGGCCCUCGAUUCAACACCAUCGUGCUUCUAGGCCUGUGCGGAGCCGGCAAGACGUCCCUCUGGUACAAGCUACGGGAUGGGUCAACCCACGGCGGUACAGUGACGUCCAUGGCAGUCAACGAUGACAAGUUCCCCCUGCACGCCGAGCUGAGCAAGAACCCCAGGGCCCGUCCAGUGCAUCUGGUGGACCUGCCUGGCCAUCCCCGCCUGCGCUCCCUGGGGGCUCCGUUCCUCUCCCGCGCAUGUGGGAUCGUGUUCCUGGUGGAUGCCCUAGAUUUCACUCUCAACAUCCGACCUAACGCAGAGUAUCUGUAUGAGCUGCUCUCAUCAGCUGCAGUGCAACGGAGGCGGGUGCCGCUGCUGCUGGCAUGCAACAAGAUGGAAAAGGUGACAGCACACUCGGUGGAGUUUAUUCGGAAGCAGCUUGAAAAGGAAAUUGAGAAGCUGCGCUCGUCACGCCAUUCCAUGGCUUCUGUUGGCUCCAGCAAGGACGGAGGGUCACAAGGGCUUGUUCUGAAGGGCAGUGGAGGUGUCUUCCGGGAUCCUGCAAAACUUGUAGUUGCUAUCAAGAACCCACGCCGCUACUGUGGCAAACCACGCUUCGGUGUUGCCUUAGAGCUCCUGCGUUUCGCCGAUGCUGUUACAGCCUCCAUUCCAAACCUGCAGUUGCCAUUCCUCAUCAUGCAUGGGGGAUCAGAUGGUGUAACAGAUCCAGACCAGUCCAGGGACUUGCAUGAGAAGGCUCCGAGUAAAGAUAAGACGCUCCAUAUUUAUCCGUCCGCUUGGCACCAGCUGCUGCAAGCCACGGAGGAGGAACUCGACAGGACCCUCUUCGGAACGAGCGCAGCGGCCUUUUACGAGCAGAAUAAAGUGGUUCACUCCGCUGAAUUCAUCACGAAUUCGAGAAACAUCCGCCUCUACACGCAGUCAUGGUUGCCUGCCGAUCGCAAGGCGUCGGCCCUCCUUUUCUUCUGCCACGGCUACGCCAACUGCUGCAAUUGGCUGAUGCAGCUAACAGCCGUUCGAUUCGCCUCGGAGGGCUUCGCAGUGUUCGGAAUCGACUUCGAGGGUCAUGGCAAAUCGGACGGUUUGAGAUGCUCGUUCAGGUCCGCGGAUCAUCUGGUGGACGACUGCUGCGUCUACUUCGCGUCCGUCAAGGCGAAGCCUGACUUCGCUGGACUACCGUCGUUCGUGUACGGGGAGUCGCUGGGAGGCGCCAUCGCCAUGACCGUUGCAUUGCGCGAUCCUGAUAGCUGGACUGGGCUGAUCAUGGUGUCUCCCAUGCUGCGCAUCAAGGAGGAGCUGCAGCCUAGCUGGGCUGCACUGCAGGUUCUUCGAGUCCUUGCAACGAUCAUUCCUGACAGUGCCUUUGUGGCCACCAAGGGAGACCUGAUUCGUCUCUCGUGCCGGGAUCCUGCAAAACUUGAACUUGCUCUCAAGAACCCGCGCCGCUACAGUGGCAACCCACGCCUUGGUGUUGCCUUUGAGCUCCUGCGUUUCGCCGAUGCUGUUACAGCCUCCAUUCCAAACCUGCAUUUGCCAUUCCUCAUCAUGCAUGGGGGAUCAGAUGGUGUAACAGAUCCAGAGCAGUCCAAAGAUUUGCACGAGAAGGCUCCGAGUAAAGAUAAGACGCUCCAUAUAUUCCCAUCAGCUUGGCACCAGCUGCUGCAAGGCGAACCAGAGCCAGAGAGAGAAGAGGUGUGGAAGGAUGUGCUGGCAUGGCUGAAAGAGAAAUCACAAGGAUGA